AUGGACGCCGUCGAUAGUCAGGUCAGUGCGGCGACCUCGGCCAACAAGAGCGGCCAAACGUCGUUGCUUGACAGCGGAGAGGACUUUGAGGUCCUGGAUGAGGAUGACAUUGACGACGACCCGCCUCCCUUGGAGGACGCCGGCGGCGGGGACGGCAAAGACACACGCCAGGCACGCGUCGACGACGAGGCAAACUCGGAAGUAGCAUCGUCGGAAUGGCUGGAUGUCCUGGGUAAUGAGCAACUAAAGAAAAAGGUCCUGGUGGCAGGCCAGGGGCGGGACAGUCGCCCCAAGAAAGGACAGAAUGUGACCAUUAGUGUCAAAACUUUAUUGAAAGAUGGAACGCCAGUGCAGGAACAGCCCGAACUCUCCUUCACUCUGGGUGACGGGGAUGUUAUUCAGGCACUGGAUCUGGCGGUACUGCUCAUGGAAAUGGGCGAGAAGGCCCUCAUCCAAACUGCAGCCAAAUAUGCAUAUGGUACUCGAGGAAGCUGUGAACCAGAGGUGCCUCCUGAUGCUGAUUUGUCUAUGGAAGUGGAGCUGAAGCGAGCCUGCGAUGCAGCAGACUUAGAGCUGCUUCCACCACCAGAAAAGAUUGCACUGGCCAGUGGAAAGAGAGAAACGGGUAACGGCCAUUAUCAACGUGGCGACUACGCAUUCGCCAUCAACUCGUACGGCAUAGCCCUGCAGAUAACCGAGUCAAGCUCCAAAGUGGACAUAAGUCCAGAGGAGGAAAACCAAUUGAUAGACGUCAAAGUGAAGUGUCUGAACAACAUGGCGGCGGCGCAGCUCAAGCUGGACCACUACGAGGCUGCUUUGAAGUCAUGCACUGCCGCUCUUGAUCACCAGCCAAAUAAUAUCAAAGCGCUCUUCCGUAUGGGAAAGGUGCUGGCCCUGCAAGGUGAAUACGGAGAAGCCAGUCAAACUUUGAGGAAGGCACUGAAACUAGAACCAAGCAACAAGACGAUCCACGCAGAGCUAUCCAAACUGGUCAAGAAACAUUCUGAGCAAAGAGGUGCGGAGCAGGCAAUGUACAAGAAGAUGCUGGGUAACCCCGCCCCCAGCGACCCGCACAAACGUUGGCCCAAAGAGUCAUGGGGUCUCAGCUGGAAGUGGUUAUUCGGUGCCACGGCAGUCGCUAUCGGCGGCGUGGCCUUAUCGGUGGUCUUGGCUGCCAGAAACUGA